GUGGGGAAAGAUGGCGGAAGUGGAUGAUAAGUUCGAAUCAAGCAGCACGUUGAGCAAAGUUGGUGAAGACGAAUGUUCUGAAUGAACAGUAGUAUCGAAAACUGGAACAAAAAGGUAAUUGUAAGAGCUUUUGUCCCCAAACCAUUGCAGUGCAAGAAUUGUACAGGAUUUGGCCAUGUUUCAAGUGUGUGCAGAUGGACAGAUUAUGUUGAAGAAUGGUAUGUAGAAGGACGACGGUGUUGCAAUUGUGGUGGGGAUCAUGAUCCCGAGUUCCUGGGGUGCCCUGUAAGGGUGAAGGAGAUUGAGGUGGCAAAAGUUAGAGCGGUCCAUCGAACCAAUGCACAUUGUGCAAUCACCAAUAUACCAUAGAAGAAGGCACCUCCUGUACUCAGGUCCUUCAACUCAGACAGGCUGACGCAACGGCAGCGUGACGCAACGGCAGCGUGACGCAUAUCAGCACAUCGGACAGUGCAAUCGGAAAACCUGCCUGCCAGCUGAAAGAGGAGACAUACCGAGAGUCUCGGAAAGCCACGAGCAAGCAAGUGAAGUUAGUACUAAAAGCCCCGAAGUGUUCCAAGUCGCGGAAACCUGAGAAAACAACGAUUUACAGGAUUAGACCUGAAACCCCCUGAUACAACGAGCGAGAGUAAACGAGAGGAAGAAGAAGCAUAGGAGGAGAGAGGACACUGUGCUCUGUAUGGCCCAUGCUCCUGGAAGAAGUUGCCUGUAGGCCAAAGAACCAGGAUCAGCUGUUCCUAAACCAAUCCUUACCUUAGCCAUUAGGAGGGAAACACACAACUGACCUAAGAUCAGCAUCUAGAGGAUAACUUCCUCCUAAUCCUGGUGUUUCCUGACGACGGGAAUUGUUAUUGAUCUACUUCCUCAUUUAGAGAGAGGGGUAGGAGCCACAACUAAUAGGCUACCAUGCAGCGCUUAAGGACUACAGUUGCUAGGCUAAGGCCUAUCACGGCCACCCAGACAGCCAAGAGCCAAUCACAAGCCAGGCCGACGGCAGUGGGAGGGGCUUUGAGGACGUUUGAGCCAAUGAGGAGUUACACUGCGUCGGUGUCGGCCGAGCCUUUUCUGAAUGGGACCAGUUCUAAUUAUGUAGAAGAGAUGUACUAUGCAUGGCUGGAGAACCCUAGGAGUGUACACAAGUCGUGGGAUAUUUUCUUCCGGAAUGCCAACACUGGGGCGUCACCAGGUGCAGCCUAUCAGAGCCCUCCUCCUCUGGGCGGUGCUGCUCUGGGCUUGGCCAACGCCCAGGCGAUGGUUAGAGCUCAACCUAACGUGGAGAAGCUAGUGGAGGACCAUCUGGCUGUACAGUCACUCAUACGAGCGUACCAGGUGCGGGGGCACCACAUAGCCAAGCUGGACCCUCUGGACAUCGGUGUGAUAGACUUUGAUGAGUCCCCAGUAAUGCUGGGCUUGAAGAAAGUUGAUUCGGAGUCACCACGUGGUGCAGCUGGACCCUCUGGGCAUCUUGGCUGGUCCUCCAGUGACAAAUUGGGGUUUUAUGGUCUGGAUGAGUCUGACCUGGACAAGGUGUUCCGGCUCCCCACCAGCACCUUCAUCGGGGGCAGCGAGAGCGUUCUGCCCCUCAGAGAGAUCAUAAGCCGCCUCGAGAUGGCAUACUGUCAGUCUAUUGGGGUAGAGUUCAUGUUCAUUAAUGACCUGGAGCAGUGCCAGUGGAUCAGACAGAAGUUUGAGAGGCCAGGUGUCAUGCAAUUUACCCUGGAGGAGAAGAGGACCUUGCUGACCAGAAUGGUUCGAUCCACCAAGUUCGAGGAGUUCCUCCAGAGGAAGUGGUCAUCAGAGAAGCGUUUUGGUCUGGAGGGCUGUGAGUCUCUCAUCCCGGCCCUGAAGACCAUCAUCGACAAGUCCAGCAUGAACGGAGUAGAGAGCAUCAUCAUGGGCAUGCCCCACAGGGGGAGGUUGAAUGUGUUGGCCAAUGUGAUCCGUAAGGAGCUGGAUCAGAUCUUCUGUCAGUUUGACUCCAAGCUGGAAGCUGCUGAUGAGGGUUCUGGAGAUGUGAAGUACCAUUUGGGGAUGUGGCACCGUAGGAUCAACCGGGUCACUGAUAGGAACAUCACGCUGUCACUCAUGGCUAACCCCUCCCACCUGGAGGCUGUGGACCCCGUGGUGCAGGGCAAGACCAAGGCUGAGCAGUUCUACUGUGGAGACACAGAGGGAAAAAGAGUGAUGUCCAUCCUGCUCCAUGGUGAUGCAGCGUUUGCAGGCCAGGGGGUUGUCUACGAGACCUUCCACCUCUCUGACCUGCCCUCCUACACUACCCACGGCACUGUCCAUGUGGUGGUCAAUAACCAGAUUGGUUUCACCACCGACCCCAGGGUGGCGAGGUCAUCAUCCUACCCUACAGACGUGGCCAAGGUGGUCAAUGCCCCCAUCUUCCACGUCAAUGCUGAUGACCCCGAGGCCGUCAUGUACGUGUGUAACGUCGCCGCCGAGUGGAGAGCCACCUUUCACAAGGAUGUGGUGGUAGACUUGGUGUGUUACAGGCGUAACGGCCACAAUGAGAUGGACGAGCCCAUGUUCACUCAGCCUCUGAUGUACAAGCAGAUCAAGAAGCAGAAAGGAGUCCUCCAGAAAUACUCUGAGAAACUCCUAGCAGAGGGAGCAGUCAGCAGACAGGACUAUGAGGAGGAGAUAGCCAAGUAUGACAAGAUCUGUGAGGAGGCUCACGCUCGCUCUAAAGACAAGAAGAUUCUACACAUCAAACACUGGCUGGACUCUCCCUGGCCCGGUUUCUUCAACGUGGACGGCCAGCCUAAGACUAUGACCAGUCUGUCUACAGGCCUGCCUGAGGAGGAGCUGGUACACAUAGGAUACAUCGCUUCAUCUGUCCCUGUGGAAGACUUCACCAUACACAGAGGUCUGAGUCGUAUACUAAAGGGUCGUACGGCGAUGGUGGGCCAGCGUGUGUGUGACUGGGCUCUAGGAGAGUACAUGGCCUUUGGCUCGCUGCUCAAGGAGGGGACACACAUACGUCUCAGUGGACAGGACGUGGAGAGAGGAACCUUCAGUCACAGGCACCAUGUCCUGCAUGACCAGAAGAUUGAUAGGAGGAUCUGUAUCCCCAUGAACCACAUCUCUCCUAACCAGGCUCCAUACACCGUCUGUAACAGCUCUCUGUCGGAGUAUGGAGUACUGGGAUUUGAGCUGGGUUUUGCUAUGGCCAGUCCCAAUGCAUUGGUUCUAUGGGAGGCCCAGUUUGGAGACUUCCACAACACAGCCCAGUGUAUUAUAGACCAGUUCAUCUGCCCAGGACAGGCCAAGUGGGUCAGACAGAACGGAAUAGUCCUGCUGCUGCCCCACGGCAUGGAGGGAAUGGGACCAGAGCACUCCUCGGCCCGACCAGAGAGGUUCCUGCAGAUGUGUAACGAAGACCCGGAUACCUACCCUAUAUUCUCUGCUGAGGAGUUUGCAGUGCGUCAGCUGUAUGACUGUAACUGGAUCAUAGUCAACUGCUCUACUCCAGCUAACUACUUCCACGUCCUCCGUAGACAAAUACUACAGCCCUUCAGGAAGCCUCUGAUAGUCUUUACCCCCAAGUCUCUGCUGCGCCACCCAGAGGCCAAGUCCAGCUUUGAUGACAUGCUGCCAGGUACCCACUUCCAGCGUCUGAUCCCAGACAGUGGCCCUGUGUGUGAGAAGCCAGAGGGGGUGAAGAGGAUUGUGUUCUGUACUGGGAAGGUCUACUAUGAACUGACCCGAGAACGCAACAACAGAGGCAAUGAUGAUACUGUGGCCAUUACACGCAUAGAGCAGCUCUCUCCAUUUCCGUUUGACCAGGUGAAAGUGGAGACAGAUCGUUAUCCUAACGCUGACCUGGUAUGGUGCCAGGAAGAACACAAGAACCAGGGUUACUAUGACUACGUCAAACCCCGCCUACGAACCACCGUUGACCGCACCCGCCCCGUUUGGUAUGCUGGUCGUGGGCCAGCAGCAGCUCCAGCUACGGGGAACAAAGCAGCUCACCUGGUGGAAUUACAACGCUUCCUAGAUACAGCGUUUAACCUGGACGCAUUUACUGAACAGUCCUAACACACUUAUACACUACACCCUAACCCCUAAACUUGUAAACCCUAACCCCUAUACCCUACACCUUAACCUUACCUCACCUGGUGGAGUUACAACACUUCCUAGACACAGCUUUUAACCUGGACACUUACACUUGAAAGUCUUAGAAGACUGAUACCCUACACCCAAUGUCCUCUUAUACCCUAGGCUUACACUCCACUCUACCUGCUGGAGUUAUACGCUUUUUAACUGGAUGCAUACACUUGAAAGUCUUAGCACACUGAUAUCCUAACCCCUAGACCCUGGGCUACACCCCACCCUUACCUCAUUCUGCUGAAGUUACACCGCUUUUUAGUCAGGUUUUCACCUGGAUGCAUACAUUUGAGUUUUAGCUCACUUAAACACUACACCCUAACCCCUACCCUUAUCCCUAAACCAGCAUACACUGGAUCACCUUAACAUACUUCCUCUGAACCCUCAUGUCUCUGGAUUAUUUCUAUGAACUGUCUGCUAUGGAAGACUUCCUGCGAUACGCACACUGCCUGACCAUAGGUCCUCUUCAAUUGUUGAAUCAUGGGGGAAAUGUCCAUGGAGUCUGACAAACAAUGGACCCAUUUUAUCAACCAUACAAAUACCCUCCAUUUUCCUCUCUCUCUUCUCCAUCCCUCUCUUCAUCUGUCUUUUCACCCGCCUUCCUUUAUUCUCCCCACUCAUCCUCUCUCAUCCCCUCCUCUUUACCAAUCACUCUCCUCCUCUCUUCUCCUCCCUCUCUUCCACCUCCUGUGCCAAAUGUAAACAAACUGUUAAGAGAUUACUUGAGUAUUACAUUACAUUAUUAUACUACUAUAUUAUAUCAAACAUUGUAUAAGAUACAGUAGUAACUUAUGAAGAGACGAGGUGAAAAUGUCUACUGGUCUGGUGGGGAGCUCUUUGGGACUAAAUAAAGGAUUUAUUUAUUUUA